UCUCACGUAAAAGUGUGACCGAUUCAGAUUUGUCGACCUGGAUAACUGGAUGAGUUUGACGUCCGCUGCCUGUUCACGAGAUCAGCGGGGGCGCUGUUACUAAGUGCAUUCUGCGUUUGAAGCGCUAGGGGGCAAACUUCGUUCUGUUUUUCAUCUUCAUUGAUGCCAGCCGAUUCUUGCUACGGGGCGGGGCUUUAGUGCAAGACGGACUUAAAAUCCGCCCAAUCAGAUGCCAGAAUUUAUUCUGUGCUCCAGAAAGGACCAAUCAGUUGUCGAGAAAGGAGUGCGGGGCUCAGUUUUGAUUCACCCUUUGACGUCAGCGGAGCCUCCUCGGUACAGACCGGCCUGGUUAAAGUUCCUGGGAGAGUCGAGGGACGGGACCGGAGAGGAGCGGGCCAAGGCUGAGCACGGAGGAUAAAUAUUGACUCAUUAUACAACCGGGGAGGAUUGUCUGAAGCAAACGUAAGGUGACAGCCGGUGAGAACACCGCGUGAACGUCAGAAAAUGGCGGAGCCGGACAAACUAAACAUCGAUUCUAUAAUUCAGCGCCUGUUGGAAGUCAAGGGCUCUCGGCCGGGAAAGAAUGUGCAGCUGACAGAAGGCGAGAUCCGCGGCCUGUGCCUCAAGUCCCGUGAAAUCUUCCUGAGCCAACCCAUCCUGCUGGAGCUCGAGGCUCCCCUCAAAAUCUGUGGAGAUGUCCAUGGCCAGUACUACGACCUGCUGAGGCUGUUUGAGUACGGGGGCUUUCCUCCAGAGAGCAACUACCUGUUCCUGGGCGACUACGUGGACCGAGGGAAGCAGUCGCUGGAGACCAUCUGCCUGCUUUUGGCCUACAAGAUUAAAUAUCCAGAAAACUUUUUCCUGUUGCGCGGCAACCAUGAGUGCGCCUCCAUCAACCGAAUCUACGGCUUCUAUGACGAAUGCAAGCGGCGGUAUAACAUCAAACUGUGGAAAACCUUCACAGACUGCUUCAACUGUUUACCAGUGGCUGCUAUCGUAGAUGAGAAGAUCUUCUGCUGCCAUGGAGGUCUGUCCCCCGACCUGCAGUCCAUGGAGCAGAUCCGCAGAGUCAUGCGACCCACAGAUGUGCCAGACCAGGGCUUGUUGUGCGACCUUCUGUGGGCGGACCCCGACAAAGACGUGCUGGGUUGGGGGGAGAAUGACCGCGGGGUCUCCUUCACGUUCGGGGCGGACGUGGUGGCCAAGUUUCUACACAAACACGACAUGGACCUAAUAUGCAGGGCACAUCAGGUGGUAGAAGACGGCUACGAGUUCUUCGCUAAGAGGCAACUGGUCACCUUGUUUUCGGCGCCCAACUACUGUGGCGAGUUCGACAAUGCCGGCGCCAUGAUGAGCGUGGACGAAACACUCAUGUGCUCAUUCCAGAUUCUGAAGCCAGCAGAUAAGAAGUUGUAUCCCUACGGUGGCGGAGGCGGAAUGGGCUCUGGCAGACCAGUCACCCCUCCACGAAAUUCACCGAAGGCCGCCAAGGCUAAGAAAUAACACCCACCUGGUCCUCGCUCUGGUCUCCCUCCCUCGUCCCUCCCUCCGCCAGCCCACCACUCUUCUUCCUCCUCUACCUCCCAAACUUGUUUCUCCCUCGUAAACCAAGCAAACAAGUGUCCAGGGUUCAAUCACCUAUUUUCUCUCUGAAACUAUUUUUAAGCGUUUGUUUGCGUGCUAUUUUUAGUGUGAAUGGAGCAGUGGGAGUUGUUGUUCUGUGUGUAUGAUUUAUAUUCUUUCUCGCUCAUGUUUCUGUUGUUCGUGGAACCGGGUUCUACUCUUAUCAUGUCAAUUAAGAGCUGGGAGACUGGGGGAGGCGCCUUACUGGUCUGCAUUAAGGCCCCGCACUGUUUAAUGCUAAACACAAGGUUUUGUACAUUCUGUUUCUGAGCUGCGUGCGUCUGUGGGGGCGGGAGGAGGGUGGGGUGAAGUUGCACAGUCUAAUGUUGUCGGCACAUAACACACACACACACACACACACACACACACACACACACACACACACACACACACACACAGGCUGAAUCACUGAACACCUUUGAUUCAAGAUUUUUCUAAAGCAAUGAUUCAAACAGUCAUGGAUGUUAGUUUUUUUUCUUGUGUAGAAACAUGAAAUGACCUUAAUUACGUUUGUUUUUAGUUCAAUGAAAAUAAAAAAAAUUGUUUGAAUUAUUCCACCCA